AUGUCAUCAAAUACCGCUAGUUCCCUUCCGGAUGUUGUUGAAGAAAAACCUAAGAAUAAAACUCUUCGAUUCACAGUGGUUGAUACCACUGAGUUAUUGAAAUCAUUCCUCGACCGCAUACUCAUGAUUCCAUCGCCAUGCGCGCCUUCUCUCUACAUUGACCUCGAAGGGGUUAACUUGAGCCGACACGGAUCGAUCUCGAUACUCCAAGUACUACUCCUCGGUGAAGAGCACGUCUAUCUGAUCGAUAUCUACCGACUUGGGCCACAAGCUUUUACCACGGUUGGUAAAAACGCACUAUCUCUUCGUCAAGUUUUGGAAUCCGAUACCAUAGCAAAAGCCGUGUUUGAUGUCCGAAACGAUUCAGAUGCUCUUUAUCACCACUAUGGGAUCCAGCUCAAAAGAAUGCAUGAUAUACAACUGAUGGAGGUCGCCACUCGUAGGAAGGGAUUGAGCAGAAAAUGUGUCAAUGGCCUGGCGAAGUGUAUUGAGUAUGACGCAGGACUUUCGAGUGCUGAAAAAGCUGGCUGGAAGGCAACUAAAGACACUGGUACACGGUUAUUUUUACCGGCACAUGGCGGCUCCUAUUAGGUGUUCAACGCCAGACCAUUCUCACCUACGAUUUUGGAGUACUGCGUCCAAGAUGUGCUGCUUCUCCCUUGCCUUUGGAGGACCUACGACAAUUGACUGUCCCCGGCUUGGCGACAAAGGAUCUUAGCUGCAUGCGAGCGUAGGGUACAAGAAAGUCAAUCUGCUGCUUACGUUCCGUAUGGGCGUGAUAAAGCACUUGCACCUAUUAUAUAGGUGUUGGACUAUCAGGCCAUAUUUCUUUAUGCAUCAUUCUCUAUAUUCACUUUGCUUUUUCGUUGUUUCAACACCCUGCUACUUUCUACAAGCGAGUACAUGACUGCUCUG